CGUAUAAAAAGAAGAUCGUCAACUCCAACCCACAACCACCAAACACCAUCUCUUCAAUCGUAAAUCACAAAUACAUACACGUUUACUCAUCAGCUCGGAAAUGGCAGCAGCAACAAUGGCCCUCUCCUCCCCUUCGUUAGCCGGAAAGGCGGUGAAGCUCAACCCCUCCUCCUCUGAGAUCGGCAAUGGCCGUAUAUCCAUGAGGAAAACCACCAAGCCUGUUCCCUCUGGAAGCCCAUGGUACGGGCCAGACCGUGUUAAAUACUUGGGUCCAUUCUCUGGUGAGCCCCCAUCCUACUUGACUGGUGAGUUCCCUGGUGACUACGGCUGGGACACUGCUGGCCUCUCUGCUGACCCAGAGACCUUUGCCAAGAACCGUGAGCUUGAAGUCAUCCAUUCCAGGUGGGCCAUGCUUGGAGCUCUUGGAUGCGUCUUCCCCGAGCUCUUGUCCCGCAACGGUGUCAAGUUCGGUGAGGCUGUAUGGUUCAAGGCUGGAGCCCAGAUCUUCAGCGAGGGUGGACUUGACUACUUGGGCAACCCAAGCUUGAUCCACGCACAAAGCAUCUUGGCCAUCUGGGCAACACAGGUGGUCUUGAUGGGUGCCGUUGAGGGUUACAGAAUUGCUGGCGGGCCACUGGGUGAGGUAACUGACCCAAUCUACCCAGGUGGAAGCUUCGACCCACUGGGCUUGGCUGACGAUCCCGAGGCAUUCGCUGAGUUGAAGGUGAAGGAACUCAAGAAUGGGAGGUUGGCUAUGUUCUCAAUGUUCGGAUUCUUUGUCCAAGCCAUUGUGACCGGAAAGGGACCACUGGAGAACCUUGCUGACCACCUUGCUGACCCGGUAAACAACAAUGCCUGGGCAUAUGCCACAAACUUCGUCCCCGGAAAGUGAGAGAUUCUUGGUUUUACUAGAAUGAUAUAUUUGCGUGCGUUGUUUGAGUGGUGUGUGGUGAUGUAAAUUAGUAUCCAGAAUGUGACAUGUGUAUUAUCAAGUCUUGAUGAGUGUAUGAUCUUUCAUAAUUCUUUUGAAUUUCUAAAUU